ACCCCCAGCGAGGUGGUUGGCGGUCCAGCGUGUCAGCCGAAUGCUGAGUGCCGUUAAAGAGAUUCAGUUGUAUUGCCAGGCUCCUAUCUGUCGCACGGCUAACGCCCGGUCGACCAAGUGUACAGCAUUCGCGUGCCGACGAGGAAGAGCCGAUUUCCUCCUCCGACGAAUUUUCCUGUAGCGGCACCGUGGAAAAAGGAAAUCGAGGCGCACAGCAAGAUGGGUAUGUGCGCAUGAAAGGAGCUCUCGCUGCAUGAUCUCGCUAGGAUAGCCCGUGGGUCCACAUACGGAAGAGGAUGGGGGUGUACGUAACAGGCGUAAUUGGCGUGAUUGUAUUUUACAUUGCGGUGCUGGGUGUUGGCAUAUGGGCUGCCGCGUUCAAGAGAAAAAAGGCCGCACAGAGCCAGGAUGAUAUGAUGCUGGCGAAUCGUCGCCUUGGGCCUCUCCUCGGCGUUUUCACUCUUAUUGCGACAUGGGUUGGAGGAGCUUUCGUCAACGGAACUGCCGAGGCCAUGUUUACGAAGGGUCUGGCCUGGUGUCAAGUUCCUAUCGGAUACAGUCUUAGUUUGAUUUUCGGCGCCAUGCUCUUCGUGCGUCCGAUGAGGAAGGCCGAGUACGUGACAAUGCUAGAUCCCUUUCAAGAACGAUACGGUGCAGGUAUCGGUGGUUUGCUUUUCCUUCCGGCGUUAUGUGGUGAUUUAUUCUGGUGCGGUGCUGUUCUGAGAGCUUUGGGGAGUUCGCUGGCCGUCGUCGCCGGCGUCGAUCCGAAUAUCAGCGUUUGCGCAUCAGCACUAUUAGCGGCUGUAUACACAGUCUUCGGCGGAUUAUAUUCCGUAGCUUGUACAGAUGCGUUGCAAUUGCUGUGCAUUAUGUUGGGUUUACUUAUAGCGAUGCCCUUCUCCGUGAUACAUCCCUCAGUAUCAUUCGAAAACAAUCUGACUCUGCGAGAUUGGUUGGGACAAAUAAAGAACGAGGAUCUGGGCGAAUGGGUGGACGGCAUGUUGCUACUAGUAUUCGGCGGUAUUCCUUGGCAGGGUUAUUUUCAACGAAUCCUAAGUAUUAAGAGUCCUUCCGUUGCAACGACUCUAUCAAUAGCCUCGAUGUUUGGUUGUCUGAUACUCGCGAUUCCAUCGGCUGUAAUCGGAGUAGUUGCUCGUGCUACCGAUUGGUCCACAGUUCCAGGAUACAACAGAACGUUUUCCACUGACGAUGGAAACGCCGCAAUGCCAAUGGUCCUGCGAUAUCUCACGCCGCAAUGGGUUUCCUUCGUUGGUCUCGGCGCGAUCUCGGCGGCAGUGAUGUCUUCAGCAGAUUCCAGUAUCCUUGCCAGUAGUUCCAUGUUCACCAGGAACGUCUAUAAACUCACCAUACGACCAAAAGCAUCUGAGCGUGAGCUAAAUUGGGUCUUGAGGAUUUCCGUAAUCGCAGUCUCCGUGCUGUCUACUCUCGUUGCUCUCAUGGUCAGCAGUGUUUAUUAUCUUUCGUAUUUGUGCUCGGAUCUCGUUUACGUCGUUUUGUUCCCGCAAUUAUUAGCUGUUAUUCAUUGGCCUUCUCUCGUGGAUACCUACGGCUGCCUGGCAGGAUACUUUAUCGCUAUUAUUCUGCGUCUCGCUGGCGGUGAAAAAGGACUCAGCAUAUACCCAUUGAUCGAAUAUCCAUUCUACGAUGCGAGGACGCGUACCCAAAAAUUUCCCUUUCGCACCGCCGUCAUGAUAAUCGCCCUCUUUACUCAACUCUUCACCAGUUUUCUCACAAGAAACCUGCUUGGCAAGGGUUACUUUCCAGAAUGUUGCGAUGUGUUGAGCAUUUAUUCGCCCGGAAAGUCCAAGGAACCGUCGGGCGUCGUACAAAGCAGUUCUGGCGCCGCCCUCAUGGACUCAUCUUCGAAAUCAACAUCGGGCAUAGAUUCGUGCGACGGCACGGGCGUUUACGACGAUGACAGAACCACGUGUCAUCGCGCGGAGGACGUGAUGACCGAUGGUGGCGAUAAUAACGCAACGACCGGUCGCGGGGAUCACGUUGAAUCGUCGAGGACGAAGAGUGUUAGCAUUUCUGUCGUGCAAAGAGCGAACCACAAUCUGCAGAAUCUGCAGAAUUUACGAAAUUGCAUGACGCCAGCACGAACCCCCGGGACGGCAAGUCAGUACGCAUCUGUUCAGAGUGACGCGUUCCGAGGUCAAAUCCUCGGGGUGAGAAACUUGCGAGGUUCUGUCGGCCAGGUUCUCUCGCCGACUCGGUCGAUUGGCAUUCCAGCAACACCGAGCAUCGCCCCGUGCGCUCCAUCUUAUGCCAAAGUUGGCUGCGAGCUCGGACCGAGUAGCGAAAAAACGACAAGAGACAACAAUGAUAGGGUCAACAUUGUUGAUAAAAAUAACGUGGAGUAUAAUCUCAACGCUCAGGAAAAUGUGCCUGCGAGUGUGGGUCCGAAAAAGAGCGUAAAAGGUGUGAAAUUAGUCGGUAUGGAAGGCGGCACAUUACGAAGACCGUCGCUGCAGGGCACAUUCUCACCGACACCGUCCGUGGAAUUAGUCAACAUUCUGGAUAGGAGACAAAGCAGCGGUUCGUAUGGUCCAGGUUCUCUAUCUCCCGUACCAUCGAUGGGAGUAGAAGCAUGCAAAACCCAUGGAACUGCGACUGAAGGGCAGAGUGGGAACGAGCAUUGUAAGAUAAAGAGAGGCAUCGUACGACAUCACAGUUUGCGCAGUUUCAAUGACACAGGCGACCGAACACUGACGACGCUCGCCAGACAGCCCAAUUAUCCGUCGAUGCCGUUAAGACCAGAGGAUUGUCGUAUGACACUGGCGAAGAAAGACAAGAGACUGUCCACCAUCGGCAGGCAUUCAUCGGUGACGAAUGAAACCGAACUCAGUAACACGAAUAGCAUGAUUGUCUGCAGCCCUACUUAUAGCAUGUAUAGUUCAGCUGCUAAGAGCUCCAAUUAUUUCGUCACCGAUGACGAAGCUAUUAGCAGGUUCUAAAGCAGAAACGUAACAUAGGAUUUUUCAUUCUAAAAGCGACAUUUUUUAAAUCUCUAAAAAGA